CAAGCAAGUUGUGACUCAGAGCACUUCUGUUCCAAACAAUAACUGUCCACUACACGGAGCCAGGUGAGGAAACGCAUUACGUGUAUGCCUUUGUGCAGAAUGAGUUGCAGAAGAUCUGGUGUGCAGAUCUGGGGGAGUCUGAUCCUCCUCGUGUCCUGUUGUCUGCUCGGUGUUUCGUCUCAUUCUGAUCACCAGCAGCAGCAGCAGCAGCAGCAGCCGCCGCCACCCAUCGUGGAGGGCGCAGCACACAUAAGCCAUGGUCAUGGCCGCCUAGAUAAAAACAUGGUCCAGGACAAAGAUCACAUCAUGGAGCAUCUGGACGGAGUGAUAGACAAACCAGAGAAGGACAUGACACCCCAGGAGCUUCAGCUGCAUUAUUUCAAAAUGCACGAUUAUGAUGGAAACAACCUCUUGGACGGGCUGGAACUUGCCACAGCGAUCACACAUGUGCACAGAGAGGAGAGAGGAGAGGAGAGCCAGCCAAUGAAGGAGGAGGACCUUAUUUCUCUCAUCGACGAUGUUCUGAGGGACGAUGACAAAAACAAUGACGGUUAUAUAGAUUAUGCAGAGUUUGCCAAAUCACUGGAAUAGAGUGUCAUGACAUUUAUGUCCACAACAACUGCAAGGGAUCUGCAGAGAUGAGUGGAGUCGUUAGUGGACGUACAAGGAGCCAAACUGUGAAGCCGCAUUACAUAGAGGAAUCUUUUUCAUUCACAGUCAAUCAGGAUUUCAGUCAGUCAGUUUUUUUGUUCUGUUAAGGUUUGUCGUAGUCCUUUUUUUAUUUCAAACUGCAGCAGUAGAUUGGGUUAUACCAGCCUUUCAGCAAAGAAACAGUUGGAACACCUUUAAUUAAUCUCCAUUAUGCUUACAAAUUAGUCUAAAAGGGCUAAUUCACUCAGUUAUAAUGUCAGUUCUAUUUGGUUUAUAGAUUUUCUGGUUCUUUGAUUCUUGUCAGUGACCUGAUGCAGUAAGGUUCAAAAUUCCCUUUAAAGACUAUUGUGUAACAUUCAGCUGCUUAUAAGAACUGUUCAGAAUCACAUGUGGACUACACAGUGUUGCCCACACAUUGCAGCACCCUUUCUGCGAUGAAACGACAGCAGAAAAGCCAUUAAAACUAAAUUUAGGGUGAACUCAGUGUUUAUAUGAACAGUGUCUUUUUUUUUUAGUGGUGCUACACUUUAAAUUGGACAAGUUUCCAUUUCAGACUGUGGCUCGUAAAAAAUGUUGGGACCAAAUGAUUCGGCCUGGGAUUUCAUUACCUUUGCUCUUUGUGAGGAGGAUGAGAUAUACAGGUCGUUCUCGUGUGAACAGAAAGUGACCUUGCUCAGAUGUAUUGUCUGUGAUGUCGUGUAGAGUAGAAAACCUUGUUGAAGUUAUGAGGUGGAGACGAAGAACAACAAAAUAGUGUUACCGGAGGAACGGUGUGGCACCUCGUCACAUCACCACCUCACGUUUCCUCUCGAGGUAACUCCCGCAGUAAUCUUCAGUCUCCGUUUCCUUUCCCUAUAUUCUGUCAGCUCAGCAGAUCCUCCCCAUUAAUCUGUGAAUGUAAAUCAGUAUGGUGCUGUGCUGUGCUGAUUCUUUAUCACUGGAUAAGCUAGACAUAAAGCACACUGGCUGAUGCUGCUGCCACUGCAGCGUCACAGUUUUGUAGGAAAGCAUUUGUAUACUGCUCCUCCAU